AUGUGCGAUAUAAAUGCAAAUAUAUCAAGUAAUGAUGUACAAGAAUUGCUUAACAUAGCAGGAAAGCCAAGAUUAGGUCAUUAUGUUAUUUUAAAAACACUUGGAGAAGGAAGCUUUGGAAAAGUAAAGCUUGCUGUUCAUUCUAUAACAGGACAUAAAGUUGCUCUUAAAAUAAUUUCACGAAAAUCAUUAUUAAAUUUAGAUAUGUCAUCAAGAGUAGAUCGUGAAAUAUCAUAUUUAAAGCUUUUAAGACAUCCUCAUAUUAUUAAACUGUAUGAGGUAAUUGCUACCCCUACAGAUAUAAUCAUAGUUAUAGAGUAUGCUGGUGGUGAAUUAUUUGAUUAUAUUGUUUCUCGGGGUAAAAUGAGUGAAGAUGAAGCUCGACGUUUUUUCCAACAAAUUAUAGCUGCUGUAGAAUAUUGUCAUCGUCAUAAAAUUGUUCAUAGAGAUUUGAAACCAGAAAACCUUUUACUAGAUGAUUUUCUUAAUGUUAAAAUUGCGGAUUUUGGUUUAUCAAAUCUCAUGACUGACGGAAAUUUUCUAAAGACAUCAUGUGGAUCACCAAAUUAUGCUGCACCUGAAGUCAUAUCUGGAAAGCUAUAUGCUGGUCCUGAAGUAGAUGUUUGGUCUUGCGGAGUUAUUCUUUAUGUUAUGCUUGUUGGUCGACUACCGUUUGAUGAUGAAUUUAUACCUACAUUGUUUAAAAAAAUAAAUGGAGGAAUUUAUACUAUUCCUUCAUUUUUGAGCACAGACGCUAAAGAGUUACUUAGUCAAAUGCUUAUUGUAGAUCCUAUUCAACGAAUUACAUUACAAGAAAUUCGGAAGAAUAAAUGGUUUAAUCUAAAUUUACCUGAUUAUCUUCGUCCAUUUAGUGAAUCUGAAGAACAGAGUGAAGUUGAUGAUAGAAUUGUUGGGAAACUCAGACAGGCUAUGGGCUACAAUAAAGAUCACGUAUAUGAAGCACUUUCUAGAUCAGAUGGGAAUGAAAUAAAAGACGCCUAUCGUUUAGUAGCAGAAAAUCAAAUGAGAUACAAGGAUUCUAGAAUUACUACAGCAAAGAAUAUGCAAUCGUUUUUAGCCCAGUCUCCGCCUAGUUGGAAUGUUGAGCAGAUUAAAUCUCCACGAAAUAUUUCAUCAUCAUCAUCAAGUCAUUCUUCAUCCACUAACUUAAAUACUUCUAUAGGACGAGAGUCAUUUAAUACACUAUUAACAUCAGUUAGUAGAUCAUAUACACGAAUAGAAGAAGAACAGACUCCUUUUCAUAUUAGUAUUUUACCAUCUAGUCUCCAUAAUUAUCAUGUAAUGUAUAUGAAUAAAAUAUCUCUCAGUACAUCAAAUAAAGAUGAAAAGUCGCAAAAUAAAAUAUUUAGGUCAACUAUAUCAAUGCCUAUAAAUUCAGAAAAAAAAAAACGUAUAAAUCGAUGGCAUUUUGGAAUACGCAGUAGAAGUUCUCCAUUGGAAAUAAUGAUAGAAAUAUACAGAGCAUUAAAAGAUCUUGGCGCUGAGUGGGUUGAUUUAGAGUCUAGGGAUAUAGAUAUGUCUGAUAAAACAAAUAAAUCAAAAGAAAAAAAUAUCAUGGAAGAUGAUACUAAAGAGUGUAUACCAACUUUAGAUAAAAUUAAAGAUCCUUAUGUUAUUAAAUGCCGUUUGACGAAAUUAUUUGAUAAAGAAAAAAAGAUUAUAGUAACUAUUGUUAUUCAAUUAUAUCAUUUAGAAUCUAAUAAUUUUUUGGUGGAUUUUAAAUGUGGGGGCUAUCAAAGUAUAUGUUCAGUUAUUUCAGAAUUAUCAUUAAAUGAUAUAGAAAGUGAAACAGGGAAAAUAGUCGAUGGAAUAAGUAAAUUAAUGAAAGAUAGUACAGUAAAUUCCAGUUCUCGAAAUUUGAAUACAACAUAUUCUACAUCAAAUACUUUUAUAAGAAAUGUUUCUGAAAAACAAGUUACAAGUCCUUUUCCUUUUUUAGAUAUGGCGAGCCAGUUAAUAUUAAAUCUUAUGUAA